AUACACCGGCCCGCGCGCGUGGUGAGAGAGAGAGAGGGAGAGAGAGAGAGAGAAAUUGAAAGGAAACCCUCGCCGCCGCCCGCGCCGUCGCCGUCGCCGUCGCCAUCGCCGUAGCCGUCGCCAUGUCGCUGAUUGCGAACGAGGAUUUCCAGCACAUCCUUCGUGUUCUGAACACGAACGUGGAUGGAAAACACAAGAUCACGAUCGCCCUCACCUCCAUCAAGGGUAUCGGCCGCCGAUUCGCCAACAUCGUCUGCAAGAAGGCCGACGUCGACAUGAACAAGAGGGCUGGGGAGCUCUCAGCGGCUGAGCUUGAGAACCUCAUGACGGUUGUUGCGAACCCUCGCCAGUUCAAGAUCCCAGAUUGGUUCUUGAACAGGAAGAAGGACUACAAGGAUGGUCGGUACUCGCAGGUUGUCUCCAAUGCUUUGGACAUGAAGCUGAGGGAUGAUUUGGAGCGACUGAAAAAGAUAAGGAACCACCGUGGUUUGAGGCACUAUUGGGGUCUUCGUGUCCGUGGUCAGCACACAAAGACUACUGGCAGAAGGGGAAAGACUGUUGGUGUGUCAAAGAAGCGAUGAGCAUAGCCUUCUAUAUCUGCUUUUUAGACAUGUUCUUAUUGUUUUAAUUUUGAACCUUGAUGUCUGGUAGUGUUUUUUUUUCUCUCAUUUUACUUGGAUGUGAACUACUUAUGGAUAUAUUUUAGAUAUAUUCUUAGAUAACAGUUUUGAUAAAUAAAAUAUUAUCAGUGUGCUUGCGGUGAUGAUGACAAUUUGAUGAA